UAAACGCAGGAAGUCGCAAAAUCUCAUUAAACUCUUUGCAUUACGCUUCAUUACUUUAAUUUCAUAUUAUGCAAAACAAAAUUACAAAUUGCCAUUUACCAUUAGCGUCAAACUUACUUGACUCGUAUCACACGCGAAUCACUUUGCUCCUAAACCUUCCGUCAGUGGUGCAUAUACGUAUACGGUACUUAUGGCUACUAUAGCUCCUUCGUGUCAAGCAACUCAAUCACUUAAAUUACCCUCGAAGAGUGAACGAGAAGCAGCUAACGCUUAACAAAUUAAAUACAGUGGAACGAAUGAAGUAGAACAUUACUCGCGCUAUGGCAUAUAUGUACAAGCAGGAACAGGUUUUGGAAAGUUAAUGGAUUUCUCCUUAAAUCUCUAUUUCAAAACUUGUGUCUCACAUUUUCGUUGCUCCAAAGUUCCACCGUACACCCUUCCAAAAAUCUCGAUCGCGUCUCGAUUUUCUCCUUCGUUUCUCAAGUCUCGAAAAUUCGAGAAAAAUCCUGCUGGUCGGGAAGUAAGGCGUUUAUAAAACCGUGAUUCGCUGAUAAUGCAGGCUGCACCCGGCGGCCGGAAAUUGAGGACGCUUAAAAAUAGCACGCGUCAGCCUGAAUUAUCAUCGAACCGGCACGUUCACCGUCACGGGUCCAAUUAUUCUCAUAAAUACCACGGUACGUCACAACCUCUGCGACAAUCGUCCUUACUUCGCCACGCCUCCUCGCCCCGCUGUGAUAAGAAGUUUGGCUAAUUUUGUUGCGAAACCGGCCACAGACACUGUCGGAGGAGCAACGAAAGGAGACGCGUGUCUUUUAAAUUGUCGUAAUGAACGACUCGAUGGUGCAAGCAACGAAAACAGUGCGCGAGUGAAAUGUGGUGUCGUGAUUUCGAUGACAGUCGAAGAAACUAAAACAGAAGCGAGGAAACGCGGUGUGUUGCAAGACGACUGACUUCUACGGAAAAUGACGAAGAAUUGCCCGCGAAAACGACUCGAGACUCGCCAGGAAGGAAAUUAGUAGAAAGAGGGUUGCGGAGGAUGGUACGUGGAGCGUGAACCGGAAGAAGAAUGUUCUCCAAGAUGGAUCAAGCUCUCCUGUUCUCCGUUGUGAUAUCGCUGACGUGUUUCUCGAGUUUCUGCGACGGUCACCUAAUCGACGGGAUCUUCACGGAACCGACCUUGGAACGGGGUUACAACUUGGUGGCCACUGUUCCUCGAGGUGCCCUGGCUCUGAACGUGACACAAUUACGUCACACGGAGAAUUAUUUGGCGGUCAAGUUGCAAGAUGGUAGCUACUUGUUCAAUGGAAACUACAGCAUCAGUUUGUCUGGGAAAUAUCAAGCAGCUGGAUCUACUUUCGUUUAUCUUCGUCAGAGCUCUCAGAAUUUGGAAAGCUUCUCUGCUGUCGGUCCUCUGCAAGAACCGAUUGACGUUAUGGUUUUGUAUCAAGAACCGAAUCCCGGAAUCGUGUAUCGAUACAUCAUCCCGGGCAGUGUAGGCGUCUCUCCAAAUUCGCAUGUCGGACAUAAGACAGUUUCUAACAAGGCCGGUGAACCCAUUCUGCAGACUAUUCCUCACAGGAAAAUAGAACCUGGACCACCUCUUGGCGAUGGGACGCAGACGUAUCUUCCAAGACGUUACAAAAAAAGGAAAUUUUUUUGGAAAGCAAGUGGUUACACAGAGUGUAGCAGGACCUGUGGCGGGGGUUUCCAAAUGCUGAGAUAUAUAUGUAUAAGGGAACACACGCAGACACCAGUGCCUGAUAAGAGAUGUCACACGUUGGAAAAGCCACGUGAAACUCAAAUACGAUGCAAUACUACACCUUGUCCUCCCAAGUGGAGAGCCGGUCCGUGGGGCGAUUGUUCGGUUACUUGCGGUAGCGGUACUCGCGUCAGAGAAUUAGAAUGCGUGCAAGAAAUAACCCCGUCACUAAUAAUGCGAAUAUCCGAUGGAGCAUGUAUGGAACCAAAAAUCCUUCCCACGAGCGAGGCUUGCGAAAUGCCACGAUGUGAAUUCGACGCGAAAGUCGCAUCGACUACGCUGCAACCUCCACAAUGGAGCGUAGGCUCAUGGUCUACGUGCUCCGCAACAUGUGGUCCAGGUCAAAGGACAAGGGCCGCCACCUGCGUGACACAGGGACCCCCGUGUGAUCUAGAAGUGAAGCCUAUUACUCAAGAUGCUUGUGAUUUGGGACCCUGUACAACGAAAUCGCCACAGACAAACGCUAUCUCGACGAGUCUCGAGAGUGCACAGUGGUUGUUCACCGAAUGGUCCGAAGAUUGUUCUGCGGAGUGUGGUGUCGGUAUGCAGACGAGAAAGGUGUUCUGCGAAAAAGGUUCGGAGGAAGAAUUUUGCGACCAAUCGACAAGACCAGAAACUUCGAGAACCUGUUCCAGCAACAGAACCUGUAGUGGACAAUGGUUUACGGGACCCUGGACCGCGUGCUCUACGGAAUGUGACGCUGGAGAACAAGUGAGAGAGGUGGUCUGCAUAACGACACUUCGCGGAACCCUUCGAGUAGUUCUGGACAUGAAUUGUCCGGCGAAUAAACCGGAAACGAGGCGAUCCUGCAGUGGUCCACCUUGUGCGUCCAUGUGGUUCAUAUCGGACUGGGCAGAGUGUUCUCGAUCAUGCGGAAAAGGCAUUCAAAAGAGAGAAGUAAGGUGUUUGAACAGAGAAGGUCAGUCACCGGAGCACCACGAGCUGCACUGCAAAGAGAAGGAUCGCCCUAUGUCUCGACGAACCUGCAACGAUUAUCCUUGCAAGGACGACAUGCACAGAUCUGAAAAUCAUCACACGGUCCUGCAAGUGCAGAACGAUCCAGAGAUCUCAAAUGUACUCGAGGAGAAUCCACUUUGCAAGGACAGUAUAUCUAAUUGCAACUUAGUGGCGCAAGCUCGACUCUGCACUUAUCAGUUUUACCAACAGCUGUGCUGCCAAUCGUGUUCCAGGGCGAAACAAGACCUCGAAUAAGAUCUGCCACGACGAACCAAAUGUAUUGUUAACGCAAAUUUAACGCUUCGAUGACCGAUUAGACUCGCAAGCAAGUCGUCGAAGAUAACCCUAAGAUAUUAUACGUGUCGCUGUAGAUUUACUUACCCUUGCACUGCCUGACAGAGUUUUUAAUCUGAAGUUUCGUGUAUAAAGAUGUUACUCGAUACUGCCCGAAAGUAAAGU